AAACUUUCCGUUGACUAAAAACUGAAAUCCCGCACAGAUGAGGACUUACAAGCAAGGAUAUGCACCCAAGUCUACCACCAUCUGAAAUUGGGGACGAUAGGCAGAUCAGAAAACCAUGAUGGCAUCUCCCCUCCUACCCUUGCUCGUCUUCCUCCUCCUGCUGCAAUCCUCAUCAUCCGUGCAAGCUCAACAGAGAAUCAACUUAGGCUCCUCGUUAACACCAGAAGGGCCUAGCAGCUCAUGGCUCUCCCCAUCCGGCGACUUCGCAUUCGGCUUCCGGCAAAUCGAUGGCAACUCGUCCUUCUUCCUCCUCGCCGUCUGGUUCGACAAGAUCGGCGACAAAACGGUUGCUUGGUAUGCCAAGACCAGCAACGACUCAGAAGCAGGGCCGGUGCAAGUUGCAUCCGGUUCACGCCUCCAGCUCUCCGGCAACGGCGUGCUCUCGCUUCAAGAUCCCACUGGGGCACAGGUAUGGAGUCCCAAAGUUGCUGGUGCAGCCUACGCCCGCAUGCUCGACACAGGAAACUUUGUGCUGGCUGCUGCAGAUGGUUCUACCAUGUGGGGCACUUUCGACAGCCCGGCAGACACUAUCCUGCCCACACAAGUGCUCACACCAGGGAUGACACUCCGCAGCCGGAUCAUUCCUACAGAUUAUUCCGGCGGCAGGUUCCUCGUCAAUAUAACAACUGAUGGUAUUUUAUACUGCCUUGUUGCAUUGCCAUCCAGCAACCAUGAUGGCUGCUCCUGGUACAUGAAGGGGGAGACAAAAAGGCUGGUGUUUGAUGCCACAGGGACGGUAUAUGCUGACUUUGAUAAUGGCACACAAGCUAAUGUAACAUAUGGAAUGAUUGACUCCUUGGCGAGCUCUUACUAUCGCGCCACACUUGAUUCUGACGGUGUGUUCCGGCAAUACUCGUACCUGAAGAUCAGUAGCGAAUGGUCUUCAGCGUCAGGAUGGACGGUUCUUGACUUCCAGCCCAGAGAUAUUUGUAAGAUCAUGGUAUCUGUCGGCAGUGGCGUGUGUGGGUUCAAUAGUUACUGCAGAUUUGAUGGCACAAUAAGUCAGACAACCUGCUCAUGCCCACCGCAUUACUCGUUUUUAGAUAGCAAUAGGAAGUAUAAAGGUUGUAAACCUGACUUCCAGACACAUAGCUGUGACAUGGAUGAAGAAUCUGCUAUGAACGAGUUUGACUUGAUAUCAACAGAUUAUGCAGAUUGGCCACUUGCUGACUACGAGCAAUACAGCCCCAUAUCCGAGAGCGAGUGCCGGAGGCUCUGCCUGAUUGAUUGUUUCUGUGCCAUAACUGUUUUCCACCAAAAUUCGUCUACAUGUUGGAAGAAGAAGUUACCCUUAUCGAAUGGUAAGAUGAAUAAUGAUGUGCAAAGGAAUCUCCUCCUAAAGGUACCAAAGAACACUUCCAGUUCCAAGCCUUCUGUGACUGCGUCCAGCAAGUGGAAGAAUGACAAGAGGUCCUGGAUCCUGGGAAGUUCAUUGUUUCUCGGAAUCUCUAUCUUGAUCAACCUUCUUUUAAUAUUUGCACUCUUUCUCAAUCCAGUCCACUUUACAAACACCACAAAGAAAUACCCAUCUGUGGAGCCAUCAAGCAACCUAGGACUGCCAAUAAAGGUCUUCACUUAUGAGGAGCUGGAGAUGGCAACCGAUGGGUUCCAGAUGGUGCUUGGUUCUGGUGCCUCUGGUAUUGUGUACAUGGGCCAACUACAAGAUGAGCAUCAGACCUGCGUUGCAGUCAAGAAAAUCGACAAGCUUGAGCGGGAAACAGAGAAGGAGUUCACCAUCGAAGUCCAAGCCAUUGGACAGACAAACCACAAGAACCUGGUCAGGCUGUUAGGAUUCUGCACUGAAGGAAAAGAAAGAUUACUGGUGUACGAGUUUAUGGCCAACGGAUCGCUCGACAGGUUCCUGUUUGGUGGCAUCAGGCUGCAGUGGAACCUUCGAGCUCAGCUUGCUCUUGGGGUGGCAAGGGGGCUGCUAUACUUACACGAAGAAUGCAGCACACAAAUCAUCCACUGCGACAUCAAGCCACAAAACAUACUUCUGGAUGAGAACUUCUCCGCAAAGAUAUCGGACUUCGGUUUGGCCAAAAUGCUGCGCACAAAGCAGUCGCACACAAACACAGGUAUUCGAGGAACCAGAGGAUACGUUGCUCCAGAGUGGUUCAAGAGCGCAGGUAUCACAGCCAAGGUAGAUGUUUACAGCUUCGGGGUAAUCCUGUUGGAGCUCAUUUGUUGUCGUAGGAAUGUCGAGUCAGAUGUUGCAGAGGAGGAUAAAAAGAUACUGACUUACUGGGCAACGGACAGCUACAGGUGUGGCAGGGUGGAUCUCAUGGUUGAGGGUGAUGAUGAAGCUGCUAUGGACCUGAAGAAUGUGGAACGGUUUGUGGAAGUUGCGUUAUGGUGUCUCCAGGAAGACCCUGCUAUACGACCUACAAUGAGGAAGGUGACACAGAUGCUUGAUGGAGCAGCCGCAAUCCCCACUCCUCCAGAUCAAUCUUCCUUUGUCGGUUCAUUUCUGCAGCAUCUCACCUGAAAACUGUAAGGUAACUUAUUUAAGAACAAACAUAAAAACUGCAGUCCAGGGCACCAAGCUCCCACAUUGUGUGGGCUCCAAGGAAGCUUCGUUUAAGAAUAAACAUAAUGGUGCAGAAAUUUUAUGUGGAUAUCUACGGAUGCAAAGAAAAAACUACAUACUGAUAGUUAUACAGCAGUGAUGUUCAUGUUCAUAAUUGUUGUUAAACAUCCUCUGCACUGCAGUACUCUAUAUCAGCGGGCUACAGCAAAGUUUAAGGCUUCCUGUUCCCAUCAAGAUCAGAUAUCUCGUAAAAUAAAGCCAUUUUUUCUAGAACUUUCUUUUUGCAUUCAUAUUUACU